AUGCAGGACGCGGCCUCCAGCAGCGGCCAGCAUGCAUCUGCCUCCGAGACAACCACGGGCGAUCUUGGCACUGCUUGUGGUGUGGCAGCCAUAGCGCCGCCGCCGCCGCUUGCCGCCGCCAUCCGCCCUGGCACAGCCAUGUCCACCUCCACCUCGUCGUCGAUGCCAAGCUCAGUAGACACCACCAUGAUUCCUAGUGGGGGACCUAGCGCUCCCGAGGCGUCCAGGACAGCCGGCGCGACCAGUGACGCCGACGAGGCUGCAACCGACACGGGCACGUCGGACGAGAGCAUAUAUGGCGACCAGGAUGACGCGCAGUCCUUUAUCCAGCCGACCAUCAGCCCCAUGGCCACGCGGCUGUCGUUGCCCCAGAAGCAGUCGCUGGCCGAGCGGGUCAAUUUCAUGGCCGGUGGUGUCGGUGGUGAUGGUACUAAUGGUGGCUCCCCCAAUCUGGCUUCACGCCGAUCGCAGACUAGCCGGACGGCUCUGCUGCACGCAGCAGCACGACAGAACCGGUCCUCGUCCGUCGGCUCGGACGCGCUCAAGCGGCUGUCCAAGGCACUGCCGUCGCUCUCGUUCCCCAAGGGCUCCAGCACCUUCUUCCCCAGCCUGCCGACACCGUCCUUCUUGUCUGCCGUGACGUCGCCGACGUCGCCGGCAUCCCGCAAGAGCCUGUCGACUGCCCAGAACCAACAACGGCAGCCGACAGUAGCCUCGCAGCAGCCCUCGUCAUACAGCCACCAUCGGUCCACGUCAGAUGACUCGAUGCUCUACCAGACCCUCUCCCGGGUCUCCUCCCUCGGCGACGACGACAACUUUGACAACAUCCGCGAGCAGGUCAAUUCACGCGUCAAGGCCAUCAUGGACAGCUUUCCCGACCGGCCGACCUUCAAACUGCCGAGCUUCUUUCCGGAUGGCAAGUCCAGCGCUGGGGCGUCUGCGCCGCGUGAGCCCGCAUCGUCCCUGGACAUCGCCCUCGAGUCGUUGACCGGUGACGUGGUCGUGAUGGGAGGCUACCGCGGAUCGAUUCUGCGGUCGGCCGAGCCGCCACAUCGACAGCUUUGGGUGCCGGUCAAGGUCGGGCUCAACAUCCGCAAGGUCAACAUGGAGAUCGGCCUGGACCGGGAGGACGAGCUGAACAUGGACAAGUCCAUCUUUGCCUCAGGCAUGCUGAAGAACAUCGGGCCCGUCGACAUUUCGCGCCGGCUGUUCAAAAAGCUGCGCGAGUGCGAAAACGCCCGUCACGGCAAGUUGCGCGUCCACGACUACGGGUACGACUGGCGCCUCAGUCCACACCUGCUGUCGAAGCGCCUUAACGACUUCUUGGAAACGCUGCCCAGCAACAAGCUGCCAUUAGGCUCGGCCGGUCGCGGUGCCUUGGUCAUCUCCCACAGCCUCGGCGGCCUGAUCACCCGUCACGCCGUCAACCAGCGGCCGGACCUCUACUCCGGCGUCAUUUAUGUCGGCACGCCCAUGCGCUGCAUCAACAUCCUGGGACCUUUACGCAACGGCGAUGCCGUCCUGCUCAAUGAAAAGGUCUUGACUGCCCAGGUCAAUUUCUCGCUGCGCACCACCUUUGUCUUCCUGCCCGAGGACGGCUUCUGUUUCGUCAACACCAACGACCCGGACGAGGAGUACCGUGUCGACUACUACGAUGUCCAGGAGUGGAUCCGCUACCGUCUGUCGCCCUGCAUCGGUCCGCCUGCCCUACCACCUGCUCACCAGGACGGCAGCGGUGUUCUCAAGCGGAGCAGCACCAUUGGUGCCCUGCUCGAGGAUCUCUCCGGUAGCCUGCCGUCAUUACCGCUUCGGAACCGCAUCAGCAGCGGCGGCAUCCAUGGCGAAGGCACUGCCGAACGCACCUUGGCGCCCCAGAUGAACAGUCUUGUCUCUCCGUCGUCAUCGUCAUCGUCACCGUCACCAGCUGCUUCCACUUUUGCCACUGCGACGACCACGGCCACCACGACGGCCACGCAAGCCACGCAGACACCCCCGCCUCCAUCGCCACGGACCCAUCACCGAUCGCCGUCCUACGAUCCUGCGGCUGAUACUCCUCAGCGCGCCCGCUCGCUGGCCUAUCUCGAACGCACUCUGGCCGAGACGAAACGCUUCCGAGCUGAGCUCGCCCACCGGCCCGAACACACUGUCGCCAACGGGUAUCCGCCCACUGCUGUCAUUUAUGGCAAGGGCAUCCCCACCGUCUUCGCGGCUCGUGUGGCCAACCGCGAAAGCAUUGCGCGCAGCGACGCGUUUGACGACCUCGUCUUCCGCUCCGGCGACGGCGUCGUCCUGACCCGCGAGUCCAUGGUUCCCGACGGCUACCACGUCGUGCGUGAUGGCUACGUCAGCUCCGACCGUGGCCACGUCAGCCUGCUGGGUGACCAUGCCGCCGUCGGCCGCGCCAUCGAGGCCGUCAUCCGCGGCCGCACAAAGGGCAUCGGCCUAGGCCUUUCCGCUGCAACGGCAGCAGCAGCUUCGGCCAUGUCCCGAGAAGGAGCUGAACCAGUAGCGAUGAUGGAAACAGGGGCAUUUGCUUGA